CUCACACACACACUUUCCAUGAACCUAAACAAACAAAACAGCUUCGGUUGCACUUUUAAUUAAACGUCGCAACAAUAGAAACAGGUCUCUGUGCUGUUCGCUGAACGCGCUGAUUGUUUCCUCCAUUUUCAGCCGCCAAACGGCUUGUAAUAAUGGACACCGACUACUCUUCUGGCUUGGAAAACCCUCUGUACAGCGAGCUGAAAUACUUCUGUAGGAAAAUACAAGAGGCCUACAACGAGCUGAAGGAGGAUCUGACACCUUACCGUGAUGAUCGCUUUUAUAGACUGGCCCCCAUGCGGCUGUACACUUUGUCUAAAAGGCAUUUUGUCUUGGUCUUUGUGGUGUUCCUGAUCUGCUUUGGCCUCACAGUCUUCAUUGGGGUUGCAGGUCCAAGAAUUAUUGCUGAACAGGAGCACAAUGGAGAUCAAUUAGUUGUAAAAAAUUUUACAGUAAAGACUGGGCCGUUCAAUCUUGUUUCUCCACCUCUCACUACCUACAACCAGCAGCUAUGGCUCACCUGUUUGAUGCAGGUUGAAAACAGCAACAUGGGAGACUUCAAGCAGCCCUUUGAGAUUAAUGUUGAGCUCAAGGGAGUGGUGCAGGAUGCUAGUGUGAUGCACAUCAACACAGUGAACCAGAAAUCACGAACACUGCACUGUGGGGCUAAAUGUGAUGAGAUCAUUGUGUUACAUCUGGGCUACCUGAACUACACCCGGUACCAGGUUGCUGUCAGUUUCAAAGGGCUUGAAAAUAUUACAUAUGAAAUCAAGGUCAAAUUUGUGUGGAAAACAUACAAUCCCACUUUCUCACAAGUGGAAAUCUGGUUCCGGUUUGUCUUUGUGGUGUUGACUUUUAUGGUGACUUGUAUGUUUGCUCAUUCACUGAGGAAGUUUUCUAUGAGGGACUGGGGCAUAGAGCAGAAGUGGAUGUCUAUUUUACUCCCUUUGCUGCUGCUCUACAACGAUCCUUUUUUCCCAUUGGCUUUUCUGGUGAACAGCUGGUUUCCAGGGACGUUAGAUGCUUUCUUUCAGGCUCUCUUCCUGUGUGCUCUCCUGCUCUUCUGGCUCUGUGUUUACCAUGGCAUAAGAGUUCAGGGCGAGAGAAAAUUCCUCACUUUCUACAUGCCCAAGCUGAUCAUUGUCGGUCUUCUGUGGCUCUCAGCGGUUACACUUGGUAUAUGGCAAACGGUUAAUGAACUAAGGGAUCCUACCUAUCUGUACAAAGUGGAUAUUGCAAACUUUCAGGGUAUGAAGGUCUUCUUCCUGAUCGUUGUUGCCCUCUACGUCCUCUACCUGAUAUUCCUGAUUGUCAGAGCUUGCUCUGAACUCAAGAACAUGCCUUAUUCAGAUCUCCGGCUUAAAUUUUUGACAGCACUUACAUUUGUGGUGCUUGUUAUCAGCAUGGUCAUUCUCUACCUGAGGUUUGGUGCCAAAGCUCUUCAAGACAAUUUUGUGGCUGAAUUGUCAACUCAUUAUCAGAACUCAGCUGAAUUUUUAUCCUUCUAUGGCCUGCUCAACUUUUAUUUGUACACAUUAGCAUUUGUGUACUCUCCCUCCAAAAAUUCCCUUUAUGAUUCCCAGUUGAAGGAUAAUCCAGCUUUCUCCAUGCUAAAUGAUUCAGAUGACGAAGUCAUUUAUGGGAGUGAUUAUGAAGACAUGCCUUUACAAAACGGACGUGCUAUUAAAGCAACUGCAAAGUACCAGGAUGAGAGUGACAGCGACUGAUGCAUCUGGUGGCAUCCCAUUUCUCCUGUCUCCCAGUUGGAAGCUAGGAGGAUUCAUUGCAAUAGUGUGUAUAUGUACAUGAGAUGCAUCUACACAACAUAAAAUGUUAUACUGUAAGUGUACAUAAGUAUAUUUUUAAAAGAAAAAAGAUAACUUAAUCUACUGAAUGUACUGUACUUUUGAAAGGUGAUGAAGCUGCUCGCACUAAGGCAACAGCAAUUUAAAACGAUACAGUUUUUACCAAUAUUGUAAAAUAGAUUUCUCCUCAUAACCAGCGCUUCUUCACCACCUGUUAAUUAAAAAUGAUCAGGAAAAGUGCUAAUAGAUGGGGGUUUUCUAUGAAAUCAUUGUUAUUUUUACUGCUGUGUUAAACCACUGUUGUAUUGUGCUCUUUAUAUCAUUCCUUUCUGCUCUUUUACAGUCUGUCAAUAUGUGACAGCUAAAGGAUGCAGCUCAGUAACAUAAUGGUUGGAACUUGACCUGCAUAAUAUUAGGAAAAUAUGAUAUAUUACAACAUAUCAAUAAAUACUAAUGUAUAAAGCUUGGGUGUAUGAACAAGGUAUGCAUUCUGCUUUUUGCAUAUGUACAUGCUGGGUAGUUGUAAAAAAAAUGCACAAAAGCAGAACAUCGUUUAAGUGGAAUGCCACUCGUUAAUACACAUGUUUGUCAUACUAUUUCAAGUCCAAUUGUCUGGUAUUAAAAAUGUUUACAGCUAUUUAUUGCAGUCAAAGUAUAAUUUUGCAGUAGUAAUAUCACACAAUUUGAUACCACAAUAACUAUAUAUUUUUCAUUUAUUGUGCAGCCCUAGUUGGAACCAACACUGAACAGUAUGCAGAACCUUGCUUACUUGUAGCAACAUGAUUGAUCAGCAUGGAAUCUGCUGAUAAAUUCUGUUUGUCUUCAUGCAUGUAUAAAAAAAAUAGUCUUAACUUCACAAGGUACCGCCAUUAUUUUUCUCUGGAAAGCAGCUGUGAUAUUGCACUUUCAAAAAUUGUAUUUUAUUAAGCAAAAAGUGGUUUAAUACUGUAUUAUCAGACUAUUUGGCAGUUUACUUCUUUUUUCCUCACAGCUCAGUGUUCAUGGACGACUGGAAUCAUGCUGAACAUUUCUUGUCCCAGCAUGUGCAGCUCUUAUACCACUGGCCAAAUAAAUUUUGCCUUUGUUGAACAUAUUUUUUCAGGUGAUUAAUUUCCUCACAACUUUACUUAUAUUGCCAAUGUUGUACUUGAUGCAUAUUUGUACUUUUAUUUGUUGGUGUUAUGAGAUGGGAACUUAUGGACAAAAACAGCCAAAACCAAUGUACUUCUGCUCUCUACAUUUGUGUUUUAAUUAACAUGGUGCCUUGUCUUUACAAUAUUUUUUCCUUAAAAAUCUCAGAUAUGGUUCUUUCAGUCUGAAUGUAUCUCAUUGGUGGUUAAGUUGUUUUGAAAUGUUAACUUACGAAAUCGUUUUCUAUAUUAGUUUAAAGUUGUACUUGUAGAUAUAUAGUGAUGUGUAAAUAAAGCAAGAUACAGCACAA